AAAGUUAGUGAUGAUAAAUAGUGUACCAUAGAAAGAACUACGUCUGUCUUCUGGAAUAUAUACACGCGUGUUUACAUGAUUUUGAACAGUUUAUAAAUUAACUAUAAAUAUUUUAUUAAUACAUUUAGUGUUAUUGAAAAUUUGUCAUGUUUAAAUGUGAAUAAUAAUAAUAUCAUAUUAGAUGCGUAAUUCGAACGGUGCUUAAUCAAUAUCUGUACAAUAUUAGUUGUACAAAUUAAUACUAUUUUGACAACAGUGUAACAAAAGCAUUCAUGAUGUGGGAGUUGAAUAAUGUGGACAUCGCAAAUACAUACGAAUCGAAUGAAUUUUGUAUGCCAAAUGAUUAUACACUAUCGUCACAGUGGGACUAUGACGGCGGCUAUUCGACCAACUACAGCGAAAACGAAAUUGAUCUCGCCACUGUGUUAAUGAAUCUAAAGGAAGAUUAUUCCUCCCCAAAUGGAAGUUGCAACGACCACCAAGAGCCGGUGUACUACGAUCCGUCGACGAUGGGUGGCAAUCAACAUCAUCAUCCCCAUCAGGUGCUGCAAUGGCAAUGUCCACCUAGCGAACAAUCACAGCACGUGCUCGUGUACGACUCGCUGAAUACCGAUUACGCCCGCCCAUCCCAUGAAAACUAUCUUCUACCCACCAUAUUAGAUGCAGAUGAUGAAUUUUUCAAAGCGACAAACACGUCGAUGGAGAAAAAACGGGCGGGUCGGCCCCGCGGCACAAAGGCAAAACGGUCGAAAGCUGAGCCCAAACUGAGCAGAAUAUGGGAAUUCAUCAGAGACCUACUAUUAAACUCACAAUAUUGUCCAACUUACAUAUGCUGGGAGAACUACGAGGAGGGCAGGUUCAGGUUCGUGCAAAGCGACAAGGUGGCGAAGCUGUGGGGCAAGUUCAAGCGCAACGAAAGGAUGAACUACGAGAAGUUCAGCAGGGCCAUGCGAUACUAUUAUAAAACCGGUGUCUUGUUGCCGGUACAGGGCAAACGGCUCGUUUACAAGUUCGGGCCAAAGGCCACCGGGUGGCAUACGGACAAUCCAAAUUUCAAAAAUUAUACAUUUUAGACGAUGCCGAACCGGUUAAUCAUCGUACACGUCCAUACCUCUUACUGUCGUUUUAAUAUUAUUAUAUCGUGAUGUUACAUAAAUUAUAAAUAGUUACACACAUUAUAAGUAAUAUUGUGUUAUGUCAUAAGACGUCCGACGCGUUUGUAUAUUAUUAGUGGCUAUAAUUAUAUGGUACACAAUUUCUGGGCGACACGAAUGCCUAAUGCCUACCGUGUAGGUAAAUAAAUACCAUACUUACCAACUAUUUCGAUUGUGACGGAAAUCUGAAAAUACCUCAAACAUUUAAAUGAGUAUGAUUUUUGCAUGAUGAUAUUUUAAGCAUUUAUCAACUUAAAUAAUAUGAUAUCUAUUUUUGAAUUUAAAUUGUUUAUAC